AUGACAGCUCAACCAUGGUCUUGUAUGCCUUUAAUCUAUAAUUCUUCAUUUAAUAAACAUUCUUAUUUCAAAAAGAGUAAGAAAAAGGAAACAUCGUUUAAUCGUUCCUCGUAUCGAGUCACAGUACGACGUAUAACUGCACCACAUAUUGCUGCUGUUGCAGCUGAAGCUUAUCGUAUGCAUAAAAAUAAUGUAUCAAAUACAACUCAUUAUGAACAAUUAAAUCAUAAAUUAAUGAGUAAUCAUGAACAAUGCAGACCGAUAAAUCCUACGAAAAAAUAUGCACAAGACUAUUUUAAUUCUAAUAAUGAAAAUAUUCCAUCAGUACCUUUUAAGAAAAUUUUAAAUAUAAAUAAUGGUAUUUAUGGGAGCAGUACUAGUUUAAUUAUAUCAAAUGAUGAUCAAGUAAUGACCUUAUAA